AUGAAUAAAGCUCAUAAAAUAGGGAAUGAUUAUGUUUUUACAGCCCCUCAGGAUAAAUUAAAUAUAAUAGGAGCUUUUUAUGAAACAAUUAAUUCUCCCCGACAUCUCAAUAGUAACACUCCUCACAAACAGUUAAUAGAUGAGACAGCGGAAUCCAUUAAGAAUAAUUUCAAGAUAUCUAGAGAUCUGGUAAACACCAUAACUCAAUUCAGUAGAGAGAAUCCGGCGAGUAAUCCCAAUUCGAUAUAUAAUCAUUUGCAUCCAUUCUGCAACCCGUGGUCAAUUGAGCUCAUAUUCAAGAAUCUGCCUAACAAAACGUCAAGUGGUUUAGAUAACAUCCCUCCUAUAGUACUUAAACACCUACCGAGAAACAUUAAAUGGGAUCUAGCCAUUUUAUUUAAUAACGCGAUCAAUCAUCAUUAUUUCCCGAAAAUUUGGAAAAAAGCUGAAGUUUUACCUAUCUUGAAAAAAGGGAAGAUUCCCUGUGAUCCCUCUAGCUACCAGCCUAUUAGUCUGACCCCCAGUAUUAGUAAAGUUUUCGAAUCAGUUAUCAAUACAAAUAUAGUAGAUUUUUGUAACACCAAUAAUAUCAUUCCUGAUUAUCAGUUUGGGUUUAGAUACCAACAUUCCACGACACAUGCAAUCCAUAAACUCUCAUCUGAUCUCAAUACCCUUGUGGCUAGAAGUCAAUUUGUAGGAGCUGCCCUUUUAGACAUAGAAAAAGCUUUUGAUUCAGUUUGGUUAAAUGGUCUUCUUUAUAAACUACAUAAGAAACAAUGCCCUAGAUGGCUGAUUUAUCAGAUUUGGGACAUGAUAAGUAGCAAGACAUUCCUCACUUGGGAUGGUGAAAACCUGUCAACUGAGGAAUUUAGUAUUACGGAGGGACUGCAACAGGGAACAGUUAACUCACCCAUUCUAUUUAACAUUCUUCUAAGUGAUUUACCUAAUUUAUUUAAUCUUAAUGACAAUGGAAAGUCAUAUGCCUUAGCUUUUGCAGAUGAUUUGAUUGUUUAUACUACGGCCAACAAUGUGAAUACUGUUAAAGAUAAUUUAGAGGACUUAGUUGAGAAAAUAAACCAAUAUUAUAUGACCUGGAACCUAAGAUUGAAUCCAACUAAGUGCGAGACCAUAUUAUUCAGGAAACCCUUGCAUAAUUUAUCUUCCAAAUAUAAAGUUGGAAGUAGAGACUUCAGGAUUGCAACAACUAUUCCUGGUACAAAUGAUAAAACAAACAUUCCUCACAAAAAUGUGGUUAAAUAUCUAGGAGUACAUAUAGAUUAUCUACUUAGAGGUAACAAGCAUAUAGAUGUCCAACUAGAAAAAGCCAAAUUAGCAUUUAAACUGCAGAAUUAUUAUUUUCUGCAUCUAACUGCAGAAUUUUGUAUAAUAAGCAUCUCUCUAUCAAAACUAAGAUUAUAUUAUACAUGCUAUUAA